AUGACCAAUCUAUACUUUCACGUUCCUGGAGAUGUUGAUUGGAUGGAUACCGACGACUCGAAGGCAGAGGCGGACUACACCGAGCACACUGAUCAUACCUUUGAUAAGGCUAGCCUCAAGCGUAAGCACUGGCUGGUGCUGACCGCCGUUGGUCUCCCACAGAGUGACUCAGAAGGACGCAAGCGUCUUCGCGCCAGCUCGACAGCUCGUCGCGACCCAUUUACUCACCUACUACGCAUUAUACGCGACCUGAUCUACGAGUACAUGACCUUUCCUCCUUCGAGGAUGAAGACGAUCGAAGCAAGAGUGGGACGAAAACGCCACUACCGCUUCUGGGUCUAUGUGAUGAAGAUUACGGACUCGCAUCUCAGUGAGAUCAGGCAUGUGAUUUUCUACCCGCAAGAGUUGGCAUUCAAAAAUGACAUGGCUUACGUGGAGUCACUCAAGCACAACAACGCAGCCAUAGUAGGCAGGCAACAGCUGAUGAAGCCCUUCAUGGACACUGACGGCGUUACUAUGAGCGGCCACCAGCAUAUGAAGACAUUUCGGAUCGAGACAACAUACGAAGUCGGCGAGGACGAGUGA